AGCGGUCCUGGAGCAGUGCUGGAGUACAGUGCAGUGUUGGAGUACAGUACAGUACAGUGCAGUACAGUGCAGUACAGUGCAGUGCGGGAGUGCGGGAGUGUGGCGCGAGAUGGGGGGGCUUGCUUAUACCAUAUGUUUAUGUCUGUGUCUAUGUCCAUGCCUACGUCUAUGCGUACAUCUAUGUCUGUGGCUAUGCCUAUUUAUGUCCAUGUCUAUGCGUAUAUCUACGCCUAUCUAUGUCUGUGUCUACCCUUAUGUCUAGAUGCAUGCUUACAGCUUUGCCUACAUCUACGUCUACAUGUAUGCCUGCAUCUAUGCCUAUCUAUGUCCAUGUCUAUGCAUAUCCCUGCGCUUCUUUCUGCGCUUCUUGGUGGAUCUGUGGUUCUUCGCCAUGGACUGUGUGCGCGUGCACUUGCUGUCUGGGCUGGGCUGUGCGGUGACGUGCACUUCCUGUCUGGGAUGGAGGUUCAUGGACUGGUAGCGCUGUGUGGUUCACGAAUCUCUGGUGAACCUCCGCAGUGCAUGAACCUUUAAGGUGAACCUCCGAGUCGUUUAUGAACCCUUGUGCAGGAUCAACCUCCGUGCAGCCCAUCCAGCCCACGCAGUCCACCAACCCAUGCCCCUCCCAUCUACUCUCCACACCUCACCACCCAUCCCCCCCUCUUCGUCCUGUCCUCCGCCUGCCGCUCUGUCUCCAACCCCGUGUUGAUGCGUUCUUAGCCCGUCUCGGCUCCGGCACGUUAGACGCCUUCUCGACACCCCUCUCUGCGUCUUCUUCGCGCCACGGCUACCCAGCAGCGCACAGCAGCUGGCUACAACACGAUACAGGUAUCCGGGCCCAAUGUACAUCUCGCCGCGGUCUGGUCUCUUGAUACCACUAGUGGCACUGUGGAAGUGGCACUGUGGAAGUGAUGUUUGGAGAUGGUUGGGGGAAA